UUAUACAACCACCCGCAAGUCAGAAACAUCCCUCCAUCGUCGAGCUUUGGAUAUGUCGCACGGGGAGCACUUCACUUUGUUCACUGACGUCAGAGGCCCAAAUGGCUGGAAAGUUGCUGAGCCGAAGUACCUUGACUUCAGUAAGCAAGAGCAGAAGAGUCCUGAGCAUACGCAGUACAAUCCGAACGGACGCAUCCCGACGCUGAUCGACCACGCGAACAAUGACUUUGUCGUAUGGGAGUCUAACGCGAUCUUGCUGUAUCUUGUCGAGAAGUACGACACCGAGCACAAGAUCUCUGUUUCGGUUGUGAAUGAAAAAGUGCAUCAGCUGCAGUGGCUCUUCUUCCAGGCAUCGGGACAAGGUCCAUACUAUGGACAAGCCACUUGGUUCAUACGCUAUCACCCAGAGAAGAUACCUAGCGCCAUCGAGCGUUACCGCAAGGAAGUCAUCCGUGUCAUUGGGGUGCUCGAGAGCGUACUCUCCAAGCAAGAUUGGGUCGUUGGCGGAAAGUGCACCAUUGCUGAUAUAUCUUUCGUCCCUUGGAACAUAUUUGCAUUCCGUCGACUUUCGACGGACGACUCUGACGUCAACCUUGAGCGAGACUUUCCUGCCGUUACCAAAUGGCACAAUGCAAUGCUCAAGCGGCACGCAAUCGCCGAGCAAAUCAAGCUGAGGCAGUCGCUUCUCGAAGAGCAGACGUGAUGUCAUUGUCUAUGCAUAUAGAGCAACUAUCAGCAUUGUCGUGUAGAUGAACAACCACUUCCACUGAAAUAAUCAUCGUCCAUCUCAUACUUA